UUUGGGAGCCUGAACAUCAAACUGGGCACACUUUCCAGUGGACAUCCCAGCAUUUAUCUAAUCUUAUCUAAUCUAAUCUUCGGCAAUUGACGCUCCGUGCCCUGAUUGCACUGCGACUGCAGUUCAAUGACACCUCUACCCGGCCACACAGACAUUAUCGACGACUGUCUGUUUGGUUAAUUGUUGCACCGGAAUAAACCAGAAAAUACAUUUUAACUAAGAAAACCUGCUCCACGAGGACUGGAGGGAAAGCUCUGACGCGGAAAGCGAACAUGAAGCUCAUUCGCCAUGUCUAAGACAGCGGUGAAGAAGCUGCACUGGCGCUCCAAGGUGCAGGACAGCUUCGUCCCCUUGCUGGGCACAUCUGGUGAGCUGGGCAUCGCCAUCGGUGGAGGAGCAGAUUAUGGAGAGUUUCCUUUUGUCACGACGGCUCCGGGGGGCAUCCUCACAGUGGGGGACAUAAUCCUAGAGAUUGGGGGAACACCGGUGUUAGGGAUGACACUAGGUGACGUCCGGGGCGUUCUCAACUCCUGCCCCCAUCCUAUCCGCAUCAAAACUGUGUCUCCAGGCACCUCAUUGUGCAAGGAUCUCAGGUUGUAUCUGAGUAAGUGCUUCACACCCGGCUCAGUGGACAGCCAACUUCAGCAGGUCAUCAGAGAGAACCUCUACCUCCGAGCUGUACCCUGUACCACCAGACAGCCAAGGGACGGGGAAAUCUCAGGUGUAGACUACAACUUUGUCUCCAUAGAGGAGUUCUUUUCCUUGGAGGAGGCUGGAGCGCUGCUUGAGAGUGGAAAAUUCAAAGGGAAUUACUACGGCACGCCCCGGCCCGUCCACAUCAGCCCAGAGAGCCCCCCCAUCACCUACCAGGAGCACCGCAACCUGCUCAGAAACUUCCGCACACGCAGCAAAUCGCUCAGCAACCUGGAGAAGGCUGCAGAGGAAGGCGAGCACAGCGAGGAGGACUCGGGCCUGUCAGGAGGCUCUGCAGGUCUCAGCAGCAGCAUCCCACACAGCCACCGGUCCCCCAGGAGGCCCCGGGCAUCCAGCAGUGGGGAUGGUCAUGUUGUAGAGAACGGGAUCAUCGGCAGCAGACGGGGCGCCAGGGUGAGAGGUGUGAUGCCUGAUCACUGGGAGCUGGCCUUCAGUGACCCAGGAGAGUCCCUCUACGUAGAACGCAACCCAAAGAGGACCAGCUGGCAGAGCGCUCGAGCAUCAAGCCGGGAGACCGUCUACAAAAAUGAAUGGUUCACAGACCAGCCUGGGGAUCUACGGGGUUUCCCUGUGCACACGCACAUUACCAAGGGCUCCAGAGGUUUCGGUUUCAAUAUCGUCGGGGGCAGCAAGCCAAGAGAGUUCCUCCAGGUGUACAGUGUAACCUCAAGUGGACCCUCAGCACUCAAAACAGCCGACAUCCUGGUGUACAUCAAUGACGUCUGUGUGCUGGGAGUGUCCCACAAAGAGGUGGUGGAGAUGCUCAAGUCUGUGCCUGUUGGCCACACAGUGGACGUCGAGGUCAGAAGAGGGUACCCCAUGCUCUACAACCACGACGGCUGUCCCAAACAGCCCCCGCCACGGAUACUGGACAGUGGGGACCCCAUCCUACCCACAACCACCCAGCCUCAGCCUCUACACCAACUACCUCGCCUCCCGACACCCAGCCCUCAGCACUUUAGUUUCAACGGAGUCCACAGUGAUGUGAGCUACAUGGAGCCAGGGGUGACUUUAGAUGCUAAUGGAAACGCUACUUCUUUCGCUAUCAGACAGCCGCCAUCAUACAGACGCUCCAGUUUGAGUAACACCGGGUCCUCCGCCCCGAUGCGUCCUCCACGCUCCAUCAGAAGUUUAGCCAGGCUGCAGUCGCUCGACCCGACGCUUGCGAGUCAGAGUGACAGUGAAGUUGUUUCAGCCAUCGGUUCACACAGGGCUUCAAUGAUCCGUAACCACAACAACAACUCCCUCUCAACACCCCAUCAUCAUUUACGUUAUGGCACAUCCAAGUCAUCAGAGAGUGACCUGUCCACUUGCACCCUGUCUGGGUCCCGCCUGCCCCUCCCUCAGUCCCCAAGGAGGCCCUCCACAUCCCCUGGCGGCCCUAGAACCACCCAUCCACGCCUCUUCAGACCACACACUGCCUCCCAUCUCAGGCCUCCUCCCACACCUGAGAGCCCCCACCACCGUGGCUUCAACGGUUUCCAUGUCAACACCAGUCCAACUGCAAGUCCCAGCAGCAUGUCCUCUCCUGGAGCAAUGAGUAUGGGCAGUGGGAUAGGCAGUUUAAGUGGAGGGGAGCUGGUGCCAGUAGCUUUGGCACAGAUUGAAGGAGACCAGGGACUCGGCUUCAGCCUGACGGCCAGCGGUCCAGGAGGGAGAAUGACGAUAGUGAAGAGGGUCUGGGACAGGAAGCAGUGUAACUCCCUGCAGCCAGGGGACGCUAUUAUCAAGAUCAACGGAGCAGACGUCCAGAGUCUCAGCGUUUCACAGGUCCAAACUGUUCUCCUUGAACACACCAGACAAGCUGAAGUCGUCUUACUGGUUUACAGAGGAGGCAUCUAUCAUUCAACCGUCUCUCCUGGUUCCAUACGGAGACUCCCCCCGCCGCUUCUCCGUCCCCCUCCUCCACCUGUUGGUUCAGACGAAUCCUCUUUGCUCCCAGAAACUCUACCUCUGCCUCGCACUUCCAUUAGCACCCCUCCUUCCCCCGCCAAGAUGAGUUCCUCUCUGAUCCAGAGCACCAGUUUCCUUGAAUCAAUCCCUGUGACCCUGACCAUGGAGCCCAAAGACUGGAUCAACACAGGCCUGGAGGAUGAGGCGAGCGGUGUCACAGUGCCUGAUUCAGGUCUGGAGAGGCAGGAUGGAGAACGUACUCGACCGUUCCGAGGAUUUGACGUGGAGCUGAGGAGAAAACCCGGAGAGGGUUUUGGCUUCGUCAUUGCCUCUCAGGAUGUGGAGAAUGGCAAAGCUGCAUCACUCCUCCCUCAUCGGUUUGUGACCGUAAGACGAGGCAGCCCAGCAGCCAAAAGUGGUCAGAUCCGUCCUGGAGAUCGAUUAGAGGCAGUAGAAGGACGCUCAGUGGUGACUCUGCCUCAUCGGGAGCUCGCUCAGAUCCUCCGUAGAGCAGGAAAUACUCUACGCCUCACUAUUGUCCCACGCCCCAGCACCUAUUCUUCCAGCCUUACAGAAACCAACGAGUUUGACUCGACUCACAGAAGCAGGAAGGCUCAGCGUUCACGUCCAAAGCGCGACUCCAGGUAUUACAGUGUGGAUCUGGACCGAGGCCCAUCAGGUUUCGGCUUUAGCCUGCGAGGGGGCAGCGAGUACAACAUGGGGCUGUACGUCCUGGGAUUGAUGGAGGGGGGGCCGGCCUCACGGAGCCACAAAAUGCAGGUCAGUGAUCAGCUGGUGGAGAUCAAUGGGAACAGCACAGCGGGAAUGACGCACAGCCAGGCGGUGGAGCAGAUCCGCAGAGGAGGCCACCGCAUCCACCUGGUGCUCAAGAGAGGAAACGGCUACGUGCCCGACUAUGGCCGUGAGCACAGAAUCACCUCCCCCUCCCUCCUGCGUCACCCCAAGGAGCCGGGUUUGGCUGCAGUAGACUCCACGGGGCGUAAGGGGCGCAGCUCCAAGCAGAAGAGGAGAAGCAGGUCUUCAAAUGGACGCGAGGGAGAGAAAGGGAGAAGGAGGAGACGGGGUUCGGAUGAAGGAGGAGGAGAAGGAGGGCGAUCUGAUUUAAGGAGCCCCACCUCUGAGCUGGAGGAGAGGUCUCCAGAUGCAAGAGAAACAAGCAGGAGGAGGAGGAGGAGGAAAAGAAAGUCUCAGAGUUUACCCAGAGAUGCUUUCAGGAGGAAAGAUGAUGAUAAUGAGAUGGAGAGGGGGCGGAAAAGGGAGAGGGAGAGACAGAGGAGCAGAAGUAGAAGUGAGGAGAGGGUAAGGGAGGCAGAGGUUGAGGAGCAUGGGGAAGAGAACGAGGAGCAGCAAGAGGAAAACCAGGAACAGGAAGUAGUAGGAGUUGAGAAAAAGGUGGAGGAGAAGCCAGAGGAGGUGCGGGAGAGAGUCAGUUUAGAGAAAGAGGAGAGUGAAGAGGAUGUUUUUCUUCCCAUUCCAAGUCCUAACCAAAAACUUCCCACACCUAAACUCAACUGGGAGGCGGAGGAGGAUAAAAACUGGGACAUGGCGGCAGAAUACAGACAGCUGAAGAGAGAGAAGGAGGAGCAGGAAGAAGACCGGGGUGAAAGCAGAGACGCAGAGGUGAACGAGGCUCAGAGAGACGAUGAGGACAUGCAGAGCGAUAGUGUCAAGAGGCCUUUACCGAGCGUUGACGUGAUCAAUCCAGUGUCACCGAGAAAGCCGUUCUCCUUUCUCACCUCCGCGCCCUCUGUGGAGCAGCUGGCCGACGAUGAGUCAGAGUCCGGAGGCAGCCAAUCUGACGGCAGCGUGUCUGCUGCCAGCAUCUCAGGCCUCUCCCUGGCAGGCGGGCGCAGAGUUGCCGUGAUGCCAGGCCCCUGGCUCCCACCCAGCCAGCAGAGGGUGGCUCAGGAGGUCAAAGAGGAGGAGGGGAGGAACCAUGAGAGUCCGACAGAGCAGAGGGGAGGAAGAAGAAGAAGAAGAAACCCUUUCUCUUUACUUUUUAACAGGAAGUAAAACAUGAAGCAGCUGAGUAUCUGAUUUCAGAUUGUGUCAGUCUCACACUGUUUAACUUUUCUACCUACAUUUCCUCACAGUCACUUUGAUAUCUGCAGUAGUGUGAAGUCAUAUUCUUUGUGCCUUUUUACAGCUGACCUCCAGCUGCUGUUUAAUGUUAAUGUCAGUUUAACCUGUAAAUGCGCCACCAUGCUUAAGUUAUGUCACGUUUCCUACUCAAACAACAACACUCCUCUUCAGUUUCUAAUGAUACUCUCUUUAUAUUUGCAGUAGAUUUGUUCCUAUACCAACCCAACAUGAGAAAUGCCUCUGAAACAGCCAAAAAAGCAGUAAGCAGUACUGGCUAGUAAGUCAGCCAAUGCAUCCAUCUGAUACUAUGAUCGAACCGCCAAAACAUGUAAAAAUUCCUGAUUUUUAUCCCCAAAACUGCAGCCAACGCAAUUAUAAAAAUACAUGUCAUAGCUGCAACAGCCAACUACUUCUCCAAAGCUGAAGAACCUAUUUGAGGUAAAUUUUAAAGAGCAAACACAAACAGAAAUAUGCUGCUAGAUAUAUGGUAGAACUUGUCAAUAGCAACACAUUUCCAGUCACUGUUUCCAGUAACACAGGCAAAGUUAUCCAUACUUUUUUGAAACCAAAUGAUUUAAGACAAUAUGAUUAAUGUAAUUUUAAUGACUGAUAGUAUCAAUAGGUAUGAAAACAAACAAAAAAAAAAACAUCUUUUUCAUUAAGAAUUGCAGGUAAACUCCAACACACGGUCUAGAUUGCACAAACACAUGCUGAUAAUUUCUGCAGUUGAGACAACAUGCAAGAGUUUACCUGCAGCUAUUUGAUUUGAAAAUAAGCGCUGGCCACUAUUGGCGUCAAUGUAUUUUACAGUCCAAUUGAUUUUGACAGAGGCAUCCAAAAUCAAGGAACAAGGUGUUUCUCAGGUACUGUUCAAAAACACAAAAUAGGCCCUUGGUUUUUCAGGCAGUUUUGUAUUAAAUUGAUUCUGUUUUGCUUUCCAAUUUUCAAACAGUAAUUGGGAAACAGCUUGUUCCUUUAUUUUGGAUUUCUUAUUUAAAAAUAAAAAUACUUUGCCUGAUUGGAUUUCUGGGAUUUCUAAUUUUGUUUCCUUGGUGUCAAAACAGCUACACUAUAUGGACAAAAGUAUUUGGCCAUUUGAUUAUUACACCAACAGUGGCUGUGAUGAUAUAGUAUUCACAUACAUGCACUUUAUUAUGGAGUUAGCCCUCCUUUUGCAGCUAUAACAUUGUCCACAAUUCUUGGAAGGUUUCCACACAAUCUUGGAGUGUUUGUGUGAGAAUUUGUGCCCAUUGAUUCUGUAGAGCAUUUAUGAGGUCUGGCACUGAUGUUGCACGGUAAGGCCUGGCUCGCGAUCUCUUCUCUGGUUCAUCCCCCAAACUGCUGCCUCAUAGUUGGAAGCAUAGCAUUGUCCAAAAUGUCUUGCUUUGUUGAAGCAUUAAGAUUGCCCUUCACUGGAGAUAAGGGGCCCCCGAACCCUGAAAAACACCCUUAUACUAUUAUCUCUCCUAUAUCAAACUUCACAGUUGCCACAAUUCAUUCAGGCUGGUACAGUUCCCCUGGCCAUCCCAGAUUCGCCCAUCUGACUGCCAAACAGAGAAUUGUGAUAUGUUACUCUUCCGAUCAUGUUUCCACUGCUCCACAGUCCAGUGUUGCUGUUCUUAACACAAAUCCAUCUGAUGCUUGGCAUUGGACAUGGUGAUGUGAGGCUUGCAUGCAGCUACUCGGCCAUGGAAACGCAUUCCAUAAAUCUCUGGCCACACAGUUUUUGUGCUUACAUUCAUACCAGUGGAAGUUCAGAACCCUUCAGCUACAGAAUCAGCAGAAAAUUGGCAACUUUUAUGCACCAUAGCAGUUGUCCUGUGAUUUUACAUGGUCUUUGCUGAGUUGCUGUUGUUCCUAAACGCUUCCAUUUUCUUAUCAUAUCACUUACAGUUGAUGGUGGAAUAUUCAACAAGGAUGAAAAUUCCCAAACUGUCUGAUUGCAAAGGUGGCAUCAAUCACAGUUCCACACUUGAAGUCACUGAGCUCUUCAGAACGACCCAUUUGUAUCACAAAUCUGGUCAAUUGGAGACUGCAUGGCUUGAUUUUAUACACCUUGGCAACAGGUCUGAUUGAAACACCUGGUGUGGCCAAGUACUUUUGUCCAUAUAGUGUAUCUAUGUCGUAUAGGUUUUACUAAUAUAUUGAAGCCUCUAAGUAAUAACUUUUAAACCUGAUAGAAACAGGAGAUAAAUAGCUAAAUAAAACAAUCAGGAAACAAUGGAAUCAGGAAAUCAGGAGCAGCACAAGGAGAGCUAAUGCUAAUGAUAGUCUGGCUCAUCUCUGUGCUUGUUGUUCCUCCAUCAUUGUUCUGAGCCAGACCCGAAAACAAUAGUAGCAAUCAUAUCAAACACAUGUUGGGAUAAAAAUAUACACUAAAGCUGUUCAAAAUGGUUAUGUUGUUUAUUCUUUAGAGGCAUACUUGGAAUCAGACAACUCUCAAGCAUAGGUCUCGGCAAUGAUGCUCUAGUUUCCAAGACAACAAGGUAUUUCUGACACCUUGGUAUAAAUUACUUCCUCACCUCUCUGCAUCUCCGUCCUCAAGCCACUUUAGCAGAGCCUCUCCUCUCUAAAUCAACCCCCCCUGAGUGUACAGAGACUGCACAGACAUUCACUUUAUACCUCAUGAAAAUACUGAGCAAUAAUAAUGCAACUGUCACUGCGGCAGACAUCCAUUUCCACUGCGCCACGUGACGUCGACCUGGUCUGAGAGGAAACUGUGGAACGUGUUUGUAAAAAAUCCUCUUCUGUUGCCUCGACUCAUAAUGUCGUUCCAUUUAACUGAUUGUGAUCAUGCAAAUCCCUUUUUUGACAGCUGGUGUGAAAUCUAUAUUCUGUAAAUAUUUGUAUAGAAAUAAAUGACAGAGCUUAUUGUAAAUACUGUACUGACUGGAGCAAGUUUGUAUUACUCUACUGUAAUACAUCAUCUAAACAUAUAAAGAUAUAAACAUAUGCAGUAUAUCUAUAUAUUACAUACAACAGAUACCCAUGCAUAUUUAUUAAUGUGAUGAGAAAUUAUGUGAAAGUGGUAUAUAGCAUUAACAGACUAUAUUGUACCUGAUUAUUCAGACAUGAAUGUUUUGUAUUAAGCUGCUGGAGUGUGGAUAAGGAUGCUCUGUGUCGUUCCCUCCGUCAGAAGUCAGAAAAGAUGCCAAAAAUAUGCAUUCAGUGUGCGUAUUUACAGUACUGUUAAUAAUAUCGUCUAUGUGGGGUCAGAACAAAAAACCAUGAUCUAGACUCUAGAGAGUGCUGUGCCCAUCGUGCCACGUACAGUUGCCUUUGUAACAUAAAUCACUUUAUCCUAACCGCUGAUUUUUUUCUUACUGUGAAAACCCUUCUCUGCUCUGAGGUCUCUAAUACGAGGAAAGCCGUUAAGUAGUUUCAGCCAUGCCAAAAAGAAAAGGCCCUUACUGUAAACCCACAAAGAUAAAAUUCUUGAUAAAUCUCUGCAGGAGCUCAAAGAUGAAAAAAAUAGCACAUCAGUUAGUUUUUGCUCAUAUUUAUUUUUAAAGUUCUGUUGAAAAACAAGAUGGAUACUGUGAGAUGUUAUUUUUCUAUGAAAUUAUCUUUUUUGGAAAUACUCAGGUUUUCAGCUCUAUAGAGAAGCCAUUUUUAGGAAGAUAAAGCUACAGUGACUUUCAUGAUGCAUUAUUGAUUUAAAUGUUAAAGCCCUUUUUUUUGCUUCAAGGCAGCAUUAGGAGACACAGACUGUUACUAGCCCAUCAUUAUGUAAAGGUUGACGCUAGAAAUAAGGACAAAGUGCUUUUCAACAAAAAGUUCCAGGAACUUCUCUUCAUGUUACUAAAUAUUUUCUGUGGCUAUUUUUUGUCUGUUUCCACAGUUACUUAAAAUUCCAGGAAGAUUAGUUCCAGUACAUAUUCUCAUUGCAGGUCGCUGUGUCUCAGUCAGCUGGUUGUCCUCUUCUGAAUUAAUACUGAGCAAACUGAGCGUCUAGACGCUUGACCGUCUGUUUCAAACACAAUGACAUACAGUAUAUACAGUGAACUUGGAGCUGCAAUCCCCCAAGAAGGAACUUUUUGGGGGUGGAUCCAUUACCAUCUAAUUUUGCACCCUGCUAUCAAAACUCAUAGAGUCCCUCAAAGGUUCCUGGGGAAGGUUUGUGCUGUGAAAAAGCACCUUUAUUUAUUAAUUUCAUACCCAAAUUGAUGUGUUACUCUGACUGUUUGUCUGUAUUUCACAGUUACCAGAUCGCCCCCCUCCCCUCAAAUCACUAUCUAAAAAUAAAGAUACUGUGCUUUCGGACAAAAAGUUCCAGGAACUUCUCUUCAUUUACCUGAAUAGUUCCCGAGGCCCAUUGUUGUCUCUGUUUCUACAAUGGCCUAAAAUCCUAGGAAGAUCAGACACUUACAGACUCUCUCAUUGUGGUCAACUUGUCUCACCUGCAGUCCACUGAUCAGGAACUUUUUAGGAGGUGAAUCAGUUACCCUGGAAUGAAAUUUGAACCCUUGCAACUGCUAUGAAAACAUCAAGUUCUUUAAAAGGUUCCUAGCAAAAUACUUAAUCAAAAAAACUCAACACUGCAGACCCUAUCCCCAAAGUUCCUGGGUCUUAUGAAAGUACUGGAUCCGAAGCAGCUGGGGGUAAAUAAACUACCCAGGAACCAAAUUUGAAACCUGGUUCCUGCUUUGUUCCCGUGGCUGGUUGUUGUCUGGGUUUUCACAGCAGCCAAAAAUCCCAGAAGGACUGGACCUAUGUAGACUUUCUUGUUGCACUGCAGACCAUGUCCCUAAAGUUCCUGGGCCUUCUGAAAGAACUUCCCCCUGAGCAGGGACUUGUCAGGGGGUAAAUCCAUACUCUAUAACUAUAUUUCAACCCUGAUUCCUGCUGUCGAAAUUUAGAGUUCCUCAAAAGGUUCCUUGGUAAAGUUCCUGCUGUCGAAAUGCAAACAUAUUUAUUCAUUUGGUACCCAAACUAAUGUGCUACCCUGACCAUUAUCCAACAUAAUCAAAGCGACCAGCUAUCAUCCCAUGAUUAUUGAAAAGUUGAUGAUAAAAACAAAGAUGAGGUUCUUUUCCACCAAAAGUUCAGGAACUUACAUACCAGGAGCAUUUCUUCAAACAACUUCAUGCCGUAAGUCCUUGGAAAGUAUUCUAGACUCUCUCAUUGGGGGACGCCAUGUUCAGUUCCCAGUGGAUGUUCUGUAGUGAGCCCUACACCUUGUCGUUGACCCCUCAGUUUUCUUAUUGUAGUCCUAUCAAAGCAUAUUUAGAACAGCCUACAACAAGAUUGAAAAUAUAAACAAUGAGCUUGCAGCAAUCAAAACACAGAGUUCUUCAAAGGUUCCUGGUUCUUGCUGUUGAAAAGCACCUUUAGUCAUUUAUUUUGUACCUAAACUGAUGUGUUACCCUACCCAUCUAUCUGCAUAUCACAGUGACCAAACCAACAUACUGUAUCACCAACCAAUGAGCAUAAAGAGUAGCUUGGUAGCCUAUAUGUCAGACUUGUUUUAUAAUGUUUGCUAAAGCUCUUUUUUUAGACCUUCAUUUCCUAAAGGGGAUUAUAUGGCUGAACUGUAAAGAUGUUCUAAUAAAACUCCAA